UUUACCGGCAACUCGACUCACGGGGCGUUGGAACUGUCAAAUAGGUAACCCUCGUAUCCAUAGAUGUGGCCUGCUUAAUGCGUUAUCAAAACAAUACCCAGACAGCCGAUGCAUAAAAUAUAUUCAGUGUAGGUGUCACCACAGCGAGUUCUCGUCCCAUCACUACCAAACCACGCUGAGCAGUCUGUUCUUUCUUCAUACUUCGCCCUCCUCCGAUCAAAUCGUCUGCAGAUUGUACAACAAUGGCGGACCCCAAAUACGCCAACCUGCCAGGAAUCGCUUCAAAUGAGCCAGAUGUUUAUGAGACUAGCGACCUACCUGAGGAUGACCAGGCGCAGUUUGAGUCGUUUGUGCAAGAGCUGGAGGAGCUGUGCAGUGACAGUGUGGAGCGCAUUGUAGUCAACCCAAACGCAGCCUAUGACAAGUUCAAGGACAAGCGGGUCAGCACCAAGGGUCUCGAUUUCUCGGAUCGCAUCAGCAAGAACAGGAGAGUAGGCUAUGAAUCAGGAGAGUAUGAAAUACUGGCAGAGGGCUGUGGAGUGAAGGAGACUCCACAGCAGAAGUACCAGCGGCUGGUGAAUGAGAUCCAGGAGCUGACCCAGGAGGUGGAGAGCAUCCAGGUCAGCACGCGUGAGAGCAGCGCGGAGGAGAGGCUGACCCCCGUGGUCCUGGCCCAGCAGGCCGCCCAGCUUAAGCAGCAGCUAGUCUCCGCCCACCUGGACUCUUUGCUGGGCCCCCAGGCACACAUCAACCUGGCCGACCCCGAUGGAGCACUCGCCAAGCGCCUGCUCACCCAGCUGGAGGCGGCGCGCGGUAGCCGUGGCGGCGCGGGCGGAGAGGGCAAGGCCAGCGGGGCGAAGGGCCCGGACGGCGUGGUGCUGUACGAGCUGCACAGCCGGCCCGAGCAGGACCGCUUCACCGAGUCUGCCAAGAUAGCAGAGCUGGAGAAGCGUCUUGCAGAGCUGGAGACGGCAGUGGGGUCUGGCUCAGACAAACAGAGUCCUCUCACCGGCGGAGUGCAGGGAGCCAGUCUGAUGGACACCAUGGAGCUGCUGCAGGCGAGGGUCAGCGCCCUGGACUCUGCCACGCUGGACCAGGUGGAGGCCAGGCUGCAGAGCGUACUGGGUAAGAUGAAUGAGAUUGCGAAGCACAAGGCAGCAAUUGAAGAUGCAGAUACACAGAACAAGGUGUCGCAGCUUUAUGAGGUCAUCCAGAAGUGGGAUGCCAUGGCGACCACUCUGCCUCAGGUGGUGCAGCGGCUGAUUGCAGUUAAGGAGUUGCACGAGCAAGCCAUGCAGUUUGGGCAGUUGCUGACUCACCUGGAUACCACUCAGCAGAUGAUCAACAACUCUCUGAAAGAUAACAGCACACUGCUCGCGCAGGUUCAGCAGACCAUGAAGGAGAACCUGCAGGCGGUGGAGGAGAACUUUGCAGCUCUGGAUCAGAGGAUGAAGAAACUGUCUAAAUAAGUGUCUGUUAUCAGUCUGAUGGAGAAAAGGGACGCAGGAGUGUCUGGGUCUUUUCCCCUCUCUGUCUCAGUCCCUUUCUCCACCUCUGCCUUUUGUUUUGUUUUUUUUGCUAAAAGAAAAGUUGGAAUGUAGGAAAAAUGAAUGAGACCAAAUGCUCCCACACUACAGUAACCUCCACCCUGUUGUUUCAGUCUACUCCUCCCUCUCUCAGUUCUUGGCUUGAAUUGAGGCAAAGGUGGCCGCUUGUAUAUCCACUGGUCAUACUGAUUUCUUUUAAUACGUAAUGGAUUUUAGAAAUGAAUAAAAUGAUAUAUAUCGUCAUUUCUUAUUCAAGACCCUUUUAAAGGUAUGCCGCAAUUCCUGUGUCUGCCACACAGUUUGAAGUUGUGUUGACUGCUUAUGGGACUCCGCUUUGAAUCAGGAUGGCGUAUUAAGGUAGUAAGUUGUGCUCACAGGUGAAGGCUAUUUCUAUGAGAAUUUGAGCAAUGAAACAAACACUUCCACAAACUGAAGUCAUUUGCACGAGUACCUGUUAGAUUUUUGGCUUUAGCUGGGAGGUACCUGUGUACUGGGGCACGUCACGAAGGGAUGCUUGUAUAUAUGCCUGUGUACCUUAAGAUAUUUUCAUGCUCAGUUGCUUGUGUUAUAUUAUGAGACUGACCACCACAGGAUAACUUGCUUUGUCAAUGCCUACAAUGAAACUGUAUUGUACAUUAGACUGGUGUUGAAACCUGAAUUAAAUGUGCUUUAACCA